CUUAAACACUGGUCUAUAAAUAAGACUUUAUUGUGGUCAUUUAGGCACAACAAUAGUUUUCUGGUUGAAUGUUCAGCUCAAGUCUAGAAGGCCCAACAAGUCAUGAUGCCAAACAUGAAUCAGAAUAAGUUCAGGUAUUGCACAUCUUUAGCAGACCACCUAAAAAUCCACUAGAAUGCCGGAAAUCACAUCCACUUAAUCCAAAAUUUCCUUGGGGUGGACCUUCAGCUAUGUCUGCCUCACAGAAUGCAACCAAUAUUGUCCAUCUCCAGUAGAUUGCUCCUAUCAACGGAUUUGGGCCUCCCCAUAAACCACCAGAAUUCAGCGUACAACAUCAAAUUAACUCCAACUCUCUGAUAUCUGAGCCACCAACUUGUGUGACUGCAUGUGCGGCAUAAUUUUGAUCACCCCUGACAAAAUCUCACUCCAAGGUUUUUUGAAAAGGUGGCAGAUAUGCACUCAAGAGUUGCAGAAAGGAGAACAUGUGUACAACAAAUGUGUAAAAACAACAACAGUAGCAUUCAUCACAUUUUUUAUUCGAGACAGAGAGAGAGCAUGCAGGUGCGUCUUCUCUUCGCUCUGUUUACAAGUUGCCGUCGGCAUGUUUAAUGUGUCUGUGCGGUUUGUGACUUGUGCCAGGGCUAGCAUCGCUAAUCAUAGCUUACAUCAACUUUUACUAGCAGUGAUUUUAAAUGGAUUUUUCCAAAUAGCAUGACAAAAUGUACCUUUCCAGUAGAAACUUCGCAUGGGAAGCCCAACCUGUCCUAUUAGCUCACGCCAGCUGCCAGCGUGUCUCCCAUAAACACUCUGGUCUUGUUUCUUUCUUCAUAGUCCUUUCUCUUCUUGUCAUACACUUUGUAGACACUUUUUCUCUUGCAACCCUCAGACAUUUUGAAAAAAAAACCACAGUUAGAACGGGAGCUUCAAUGAAUGGUUGAAACGUAGCACAACACACAUACACGUGAAAGUGCGCAUGUGCAGAAAGCGAACCUAGGGACGAGCACGUACGACAGUUAUACGUACACAUAUCAUCAGAAUGAUUGACAACUGGGAUGACCAAUAAUAUAGGUGAUCCACCCGGAAAACGAAAAUCUUCCGCUAUACCUUUAAUUUACAUUAUUGUUUUCUAGUGCAGGAUUUUACAUUUGGAUCUCAAAAAUAUGUUUACAUUCACAUUAUACUGUGUUACAAAUGUCAAUAAAAUUUCAUAUUUAUUUUCAGGGUUCCUAACAUUGGAUAACUUUAAUGUAACCUGUAAUGAACUAAAUAUUUGUGCUGCGAGGGGGACAAAGAUGACAGUGUGGUGCGAAUACUCAAACAUCAACAUCACAACUGGGUUCUGGUUCAGUCAGAAACAGAGAACAAACUGGAGAAACAAAGAUGAACCUGAAGAUUUGACUUUAGAUUCAGAUUACUCAGGACGAAUGAGUCAAGAGAUCACUAAAGAUUACUCACGACUCUCAAUAAAUGAUCUGAUAGAGAGAGACAGUGGAGAAUAUCAGCUCAUAUUCAUUAUGAAGGAUGGAGUUAAACAUCUCAGCUCAGUCACAGUCAAUCUAACAGUCACAGUUUUACAGGUGAAGAUGAAUCCUGAAUCUACAGGACAGCGAGUAAAACUGAGCUGUGAUUCCUCCUGCCCUUUAACAUCUGAAAAUUAUUACUUCUGGUUCAAGAGUGGACAACAUUUAACAUAUAACCAAAGCAUAUUUGUGUCAUCCAGUGAAAAAACUGACAGUUAUUCCUGCGUUAAGUCUGUUUCAGUUCCCUCUUCAUCUGUGUGUCUUUCUAACAGUAGCUGUAGGGAUGUGAUUUACACCUUUACAAGAGUUUGUGCUUUAGUGGGAUCAACAGUAGAUAUUCACUCUUCAUACUCACAUCCCACUGGAUAUACAGUAGAGAAAACAUCCUGGGGUUACUUUCAUCCUCCUGAGGGACUCCGAGAUCUGCGUGAGGAUCAUCCGUUUUCUGGUCGUGUGGUGUUUGUGGGAAACACAAUGAGAAUUAAUGACGUCAACACGAGUGACUCUGGAGAAUAUUACUUCAGGUUCAUCACUAACACAUCAAAUGAAGUUAUUGGUUCUCCUGGAGUCGAUCUUACUGUUACAGAUACACGAGUGAGAAGCAGUCCAGACCCUGUGAUAGAUGGAGAAAAAGUGAUAUUAAGCUGUUUAACCAGAUGCCCUCUUGAUAGCAAACAUACUUACAUCUGGUAUAAGAAUGGACAACAGGUAACAGAUGGAUUGACAUUUUUAAACAAGCUGUACCUGGACUCAAUCAACAGUGAGGAGCUACAAGAGUAUUCCUGUACUGUAAGAGAGAUAUGACACACCCUGAACUUGUGGACUUCCUCAGAGUCGACACGUUGAUUACAUUAUUUAGUGCAGACUUUAGGGAUACUUGCACACAAGGGCACACCAGAGCCGUGUUUUGGAACAGAAUCGAGCGUCAUGCCGAAAAUAAGAAGAGAAGUUGCCCAUCAGUGUGUAUGAUGUAAAUGAGCUUUUUUAUUAAACUGUCACAGUCCCAGAUUGUCUGCCAGCUUUUAAGCUCAUUUACACCCUGCUUAUUUUUAGACCCACAUGAGUUGCAUUGGAAA